UUGCAUAGUUGACACGCUUACGCGAUAAAAUGUGAUCAAAGUUAAUUGAGAUUAGGGUUAAUAUCACUCUGAACCCAUUGACAGGUUUACAAUAGAGAGAAAACGAACGCGGAGAGAAAAUUAAUAACUUAUUUACAACCAAGAUUCAUAUAUGACCCACCCAUGAAUUUCUCACAACAUAUUGUCGACUGCUAACUCAACUCAGCGAUUGGCAAAACAUGCUGUGGAAAUUAAACUAAUGAAAAAUAACUAAAAAACAGUGAAAAGUGAUGGAAUUAUUAGAAAUUUGCGGGUAUUUUUCAUUAUUCAAGCUCUGUUUGGCUUCAAAUCGAACGAAUUGGAUUUGUCUUUAAUACUAAGUCUUCAAGAAAGCAUUGGACAAAUAAAACUAUGAAAAGGAUUUAGAUUGGGGUCUGCUCAAAUUAAAGCCGUCAAAGGAAAUCAACGAUCCAGAAAUGCCCUGGCAUCAGUCUGCUGUCUGUAGAGCGGUAUGAAAGAGUGGCAGUCGGUUUUCCCGAACACCGAAUGCUAUGCUGCAUGUUUAAAUCCAGCAGAACGUCACAAGUUCGGCACUUGUGGAAGGCAAGAGUCCAUCAUGAAACCCGGAUUCCGGAAGAAAACUCGGACGAAUACGAGUUCAAGUCUGCUAUUCACUCAUUGUUGAAGCAUCUGAAGGAAAAACAGUUAGAAACCUUGGCACAGAGUGUCGAAAUGCAUGGCGGUGAGGAAACGGAUUGUAUUUAUCUACCUCGAAAUGGAACUGGAAACGGAACGGAAUGUGGCAAAAAAUCUUUCGCCCCGUUGUUGUUGUGUUGUAAGAUGUGGCGAUGGGAGAAUCUGACUAGCUUGAACAAUUUGAAGCGUUUACCGUGUUGUAGGGUCGCAGAGGAUCCAAACUACGAGUGCUGUAACCCGUAUCAUUGGAGCCUGCGCACAGAACCAGAUUGCAAGUCCACCUCAACAGCUUGGUCAGAGAUUGAGAUGUCCAAGUUCACAGUUGACCAUUACGGACCCCCAGACUACAGUGAUCCCCAUGAUGUGGUUUCCACAGAGACAGGCAUGACUCCAGCACCAACUUGGGAGGCCUUUUCAGAUACAGAAGAAGUGCCAGGCUACGCUGUGGAUAACAACGUCGACUCCCGCCACACCUCUGCAGGUCACAUGACCUCUCCAAGGUCACAAAAAGGUCACCACUGGUGUUCAUUAGCGUAUUGGGAAUUACGAGAGCGUACUGGUCGCCUUUUAACAGUAUUCGAUAAACAUUUGAACAUCUUUCAAUCAUUACCUCACGGGAACGGUUUCUGUCUUGGUGCGUUACAGAAAGAGACAGAUUGUGAUUCAAUACGACGAACACGAACAAAAAUUGGUUACGGUGUUGUUUUAAGUCAGGAGGAUGAUGGUGUAUGGAUGUAUAAUCGCUCUGAUUAUCCGAUUUUUGUGAAUUCACCGACGUUGGAAAAUCCUAGAACUAGAUCGCUGUAUGUACAUAAAGUAUCUCCGGGAUAUGCAUUGAAGAUUUUUGAGUAUGCUCGUGGGAGUUGGUUGAAAUACGCUUGUGAUCAGCAUCUAAUGGACGGGCCAUCCAAUCCCUUUGCAGUUAGAGUGAGUUUUGCAAAAGGCUGGGGACCGCAUUACUCGAGACAGUGUGUUACCUCUUGUCCGUGUUGGUUUGAGAUAUGUUUGACAUUUGACCCUAGCAGAUGAUAGUGGCUAUUUAUAGAGUCAUGACUGUUGAACUUUGUGAAUUUAUUAAUUGUUGACCUCGUUAAUUCUUGAUGAUGUUUUUUUACCACAGUAAUAAGUAAUGGUUGUUUGUUGCAUUAUUGAGAGUUUUAAGUUAUUAAUUUUUUUUUUGGAGAAAAUGAUAUUCAUCAUAAUGCUGGUUUUGUGGAGUAUAAUGAAUACUGCAUUCUUUCUUAUCGCAUCGUUAAAAAUAAUUAUUUUGUCUGAUUAUGUAGUAAUAUGUAAAAAUGAUUUUUGUUUAUUAUGUGAAUUUUAUUAAAAUGUUUCAAUCGCAGAAAUAAGCCUUGUUUUUCAAAAAAUGAUGAUCAAUUCAAACUUUUUUGUUUAGACAGUCCUGUAAGACGUUGUUACUAAUAAAAAAUAAUGUGCCAUUAUUAUUGUAUUCUUUAAAAUAUACCAUUCUUGAUGCCAUCUCAUUGUUUCAUAUUGUCUUACCAUAGCAACAUUUUUUUCAGCAAUUACACUGUAAAAUGUUCCAUUUUGUUGCUAUUGCAGCAUGAGUUUUCAACAGAGACGCUGUAUAUUUAUCAUUUUGUUAAAAGUAGCAACAUUUUUUUCCCACUCUGACACUGCAUAUCUUUUUUGUAUUGUAUUGCUUUGUUUUCUAACAAUGACAUACCUCAACUGAAAAUUAAAACAUGACAUAUUUGUAUUUUUUUGCAUAGGGCAUAGUUGUUCUUUUUGACUUCCAUUUUUUAAUACAAUAUUAUUUUUGAUUGAUUAUUGUUAUUACCCAUUUAUGCCUAGCGUCUAGAAAAAAAGGCCUUGGCAAACAGUGUAGACCCAGAUGAGACGCCGCACGAUGUGGGGUCUCAUCUGGGUCUGCACUGUUUGCUUAAAGGAAUUUCUGUAAGAAAUAUUCUAAAUAUAGAAAUAAAUAUACUAGAAAUCCCUAAUUUUGGAAAUAAAUUGAUCCAAUUUAGAAGGAUGGGAGAGUCCACUAGGCAUAAAUGGGUUAAGUAUUUUGAUUUUGAUGACCAGAUGAGAUAUCAGAGUUACCAUAUGAUAUGAACUUGCUGAAAAUUAAAAGUCUUGUAUGCAGUCAUUUUUAACAAACAUCAAUGGAAUUUUUUUAAUUACAUUAAUACACAAAACACAUUAUUGUCUUAUAAACUGUUUAAGUAGGUGUCCACUGUUUAACCAAGUUUAUAAAAAUCCCAGUCCCAAUAAAAAUUUGAGAAGAGCACUCAAUUGUAAAUGGUGUUAAGUUUGCAUUUUAAUGUUGGUUGUGAUUUUAUUUAUGAAUAUUGAAUAUUUGUUUAAGGAAUAACUGAAGUUUUCUUGUUUUAAAACACAUUUACAUCUAGAAGCUGUAAUGAAGUUUGUGUGUUUUGUAUAUUAAAAUACAAUUUUAUGGUAUAAAAUAUUUUUUGUUAAGUGUUUUUCUCCCGUUGAUCAAAGAGAAACUAAAAUAUAUUUAUUUUAAAACGUUAAGAAGACAUUUCCUUAGCAGCCAAUUCAGUCUAGCAGUAAAUAAAGUUGCCAGAAUAAGGGAUGAAAGUCUGUUUACAGCAUUUCCAAUUUAUUAAUUAUGUACAGAGUUGUGCCCCUUGUGUUAAAAAAACAAAGUAAAUUAAUUGUAGGUGCGCUUUGGAAAAUAGUUGUGCCCAUAAAAAAAUGCAAGUGUAUUAAAGAUGUAGGUUUAUUUUAUGUCCUAAUGACAGUACAAAAUUAUUACCUGGUUCAGUUUAAAACGUUUUUUUCACAGAUUCAGAAUUAUUGCACAAAUAAAUUUUUAUUAAUACAUUGAAAACAGAAGGUAUUCAAGACUUAAUUAAGAUAAGUUACACAUUGCAGUGUUUUUCUGUGCAAUAAUGCAAAUAUGUGUUUCUAAAAAAAAAAAAACCAGUAUCAAAUAAAUUUUAAUACAUAUUGUUGUUUUCAUCGAACUUAAAAUGAGCAAUUUAUAUAAACAAUGAUAUUUAAAACACUACUGCAAACAGGCUUUUUGGUUAGGGCAGUGGUUGGUACACACCCUGCGAAACUUGGCGGCCUGGGUCCAAUAACCAGCAGCAUGUAAGUUUGAUGGGUGGUCACCAUACCUGACAGGUGGGGUUUCCUCCCAGUACUCCGGUAAACACUGAAUAGCUGGACAUUGCAGCUAAAAUUAAAAUUGUUUUUCCAUGUUUCACGAGUCUUUGUAGAUAAUAAGGUAGUAUUACGGAGUCACCCACUGGGUCCUCACAAAAUGCAGCCUCAUACGAAGAAGGAUUAAAGGAACUUUACAAUUCACAUACACACUCAUGCAUACGUGUAUUUAUUAUCCACUUUUACAUACAUGUGUUAAGGCAAACACAUUUUGAAACAAUGCAUUGGUUAAUCUUUGUAUUUUACUGUUGUAUUGUUUUUUAUCCAUGUAUGUUCAUUAUUGCAUUUUUUAUAUCAACAAAGUUUAUAACCCUUAUGGUUAAGCUGUGGUCAUGUUAAAGUUGUUUUUAAAUUUUGCAUAUAAUGCCAUUGUUUAUUUAAUUUAAUUGUGCCUUAAAACUAUAUUUCUGUUAAGUGAGCUGUUUUGUUAUGUGAAGUUAAAGAGGAAAAUGUUGUGUUUAAAUUAACUAUUUAGUUUAAUUCUAUGUAGCAUGUAUUUCAGACAGAACAAAUGUAUAUUAUUAUAAUUAACUGCCACAAGGCACUGUCAAUGUAACAUUUCCAUAUCAGAUAAAAUAGUUUCACAUUCAUCAGUCUGAAUUUCUUGCUAUUGUUUACCCUUACUUGUUUUUCUGACCAAACUUAACAAGGUUUUGAAUCUUCCAAAUGGUCCAGCAGCGUGAAACGUAAAUCUAAUUUAAACAUAUAUUCUUAUAUUUGUAGACGGACUAAAAAAAGCGAAAUCCGGGUACAUAUUUGUAGCCCAGAUGCUCAAAAUUUGUUUAAAUCUUGCUUGUUUUUCCUAUUAUUUUAAAGUGGACGUAUAGGCAAUGUCUGAUAUGUUGCACAAACACUGAUAUUGUAAAUUGAUGUUUUUUUAUAGUUUACCAAAAUUAAUUUCAUUAAUUACAUAUAUAUGAAAAGCCUCCCUUUGGUUUUCAAAUAAAUAGAUGGGCUUCAUGGAAUCCCUUUGUGUACUUGACAGACAGAUGGGUAAAGAGAGGAAGGGAUUGUCAGACAAGCAUACAGAUAUUCUAAAGCUGAAUGUGUGAACCAAAUUUCGUAAUAAUUUGUUGUAAUUGUACUGUUUUUACAUAUAGAGUAAUGAAAAUUAAGGUUUUAGUAAACACAGUCUGACCUUCAACCUCUGGUAAAAAACAGAGUCCUUCUUUUUUCUUUUACAUAACUUUCUGAGAGCUUGAUAUUGCCGUUUAUUGUUCUAUUAGAAGAACAAAGGUUACUUUGCCUUUCUCUUUGUUCCAGAAUGAUUGUCCAAAGAUUUUAGGUGAAUCAAAUGUACCCAUGUACUCUUAGUUUCCUUUGGAAUAUAAUGUUUUGAAUGUAAUGCAUGAUUUGUCAACUCCGUCUUUAACCCUUUCAGUGCUGGAACCGCAUUUUGAAGGCCUUUGCAAACAGUUUGGAUCCUGAUGAGACGCCACAGAAUGGGCGUCUCAUCAGGAUCCAAACUUUUUGCUAUUCUGAUAGUAUUCUUUGAAAAAAAAUCAAAGAAAAUGCUAAUUUUAGAAAUUCAGCAGACGACAUUUUAGCAGACGACAAAUUUCCCAGCAUGCAAAGGGUUUAAAGGCCACACCAGAUAAAUGGAUAAGAGCCUGGCUCUAGGAAAACUGGGUGUAAUUCAGUUCUGUUGAGAAAAAUCCCAGAUAAGCCUGUGCAUUCCACACAGGCUAAUCAGGGACAACACUUUCCUCUGUAAUUGCUUCUUUCUUGAUUAAUCACAAUCCACAAUUUAAUGUAAAGCUUGUACCAUGUUAAUUAUCAUGUCAGGAUGGUUUUGAGGUCUUGUACUGGUAUGUUCUAACAUAUAUUUUAUUCAUGACACUUACAGCCUUUUAGAGAAUGGUGGAUGACAUUAUUCGCAAUUUGUCAACAUUUAUUAUAUGUUUUCAUAAAAUAAUAAUAAAUGAAAAAAUAUUAUAAAAUAAA